GCUCCAGUAGGAAUGAAGAUAAAGUCUGCUUCGGUCCGAGCCUUCAGCCAGACCUUCCAUUCAGGCAGCGUGCGUUGGAGUUUACGCUCCGCCGAGACCACCAUAGAGUUCCCUGGAGAUGGUGAACUGCACUCCUCUUCAAGUCUGUCCGGAGGCAAAGAGCUGAUUGUGGAGGCAGAGCUCACAGGAGGAGAGGGUGAAGUGUCAUGGCAACACGCUCAGCUCUUCAGACAGAGUUUAAAAGACACAGAGAAAGUUUUAUUUGAAAUCUUGGUUGAAAUGGAUGAGUCUUGAUGAGAGAUUAGCAUGUAUACAUCUCUUGCAAGUA